UACCGUGUGUGGCAUCUUUCCUGGCGGUUCACGAGGGUUUUUCUGUACGCACCAAAUUGACCACGGUGCGCGUCAUUCCGAAUGCGGCGAGAUGACUUUGGGGAGCGUCACACUCACAAUGCUUUGUUAAACAAUGGACGGUCUGCUCCGUGAGGUUUUCAUUACCAAACUUACCUAUGACAAAGGAUUUGUGUCCUGUUUCUGCUUGUGUUGAGUGGCUGUACUAUAUUCCCGGAGUUUAGUGUUGAAGCCUGCUGGAUUUAGCGUACUGGAUUUUACUCGGUUACCCUCUUGGCUGUGCUCUGUUUUUGCCGGGCCCAAGUGAGGGCUCAAAGCGUCGUGAUUUCGUCUCGGAUUUUCGCCUUUCUCUCCACGGAUUUUGGAUUAUUAUUUACGGUAGCGUGCCUGCCUAGUCGGGCGCUCCGUAGCCCUGGAAUACAAGAUGUAUCCGAAUCGGCACCCCGCCCCACAUCAACCUGGGCAGCCGUUUAAGUUCACAGUGGUGGAGUCCUGUGACCGCAUCAAGGAGGAGUUUAGCUUCCUUCAGGCACAGAAUCACAGUUUAAAAAUGGAAUGCGAGAAAUUAGCACAAGAGAAGACGGAAAUGCAGCGUCACUAUGUUAUGUAUUACGAGAUGUCGUAUGGGCUAAAUGUGGAAAUGCACAAACAGACGGAAAUUGCCAAGCGUUUGAAUGCAAUCUGCGCUCAAGUAAUUCCAUUCCUCUCUCAAGAGCAUCAACAGCAAGUGGCGGCAGCGGUUGAGAGAGCAAAGCAAGUCACUAUGGCUGAACUUAAUGCUAUUAUUGGGCAACAGAUGCAGGCCCAGCACCUCCCCCAUGCUCAUGCCCCGCCCAUCCCCAUGCCUCCACACCCGGCUGCAGCUGCAGCGGCAGCAGCUGCAGGACUGCAGCAGUCAGGUCUGCCUGUGUCCAGUGCAUCAAGUCUGAUGGGAUUACCCAACUCUUUGUCAGCUCAUGGUCACCUCUCUGUCAAGGAAGAGAAAGAAGACAGACAUAGGUCCUCGGCUUCUCCUGGUGACAGGGAUAAGUAUCGUCAUCGCAGCAGGUCACCAGAGCUCAAUGACGGCAAGAAACGACGCACAGAAGAGAAAUUAAAUGACAGCGAUGAGAAGAGUGAUGGCGAACAAGACCUUGUGGUAGAUGUGGCAGAGGAUCCCUCCUCCCCAGUGAAUGGGGAUCUGUCUCCUCGGGAUAAAAACAGUCGUGACGCACACAAGAAAGAUGACCGCAUCAGUCCGCGAAGUGAUACCUCAUCCCACGCGAGCACAUCUUCCAGACCCAAAGAGAAUGAGAAGGCCAACACCCCAGUAUCCAAACCUGUGACCCCAACCAGUUCUGGAAGUGUGACCCCAGGCCCCUCGGGAGGUAUGAAACCCGUUGUCAAACCUGCAAUGGGUCCAUAUCCCUUCAUGCCCCAUGCUAGUCACCCCAUGCCCGCUGACCUGAGCCCAGGGGGAGCCUACCCUAACAGUAUGCUUCAUAACAACAUCUCUCCAGGAGCCCUGAAUAACUACAACCGAAACCCCAUGGUUGGUUUCGACCCUCACGCGCACAUGAGAGCACCAUCUCUUGGGGGAAAACCAGCAUAUUCAUUUCACGUCAGCGCAGACGGCCAGAUGCAGCCCGUACCUUUCCCACCAGAUGCUCUGAUUGGUCCAGGCAUUCCUCGUCAUGCACGGCAGAUUAACACAUUAAACCACGGCGAGGUUGUGUGUGCAGUGACCAUCAGUGAUCCCACAAGACACGUUUAUACCGGCGGAAAGGGUUGUGUGAAGGUCUGGGACAUAAGUCAGCCGGGAAACAAAAGCCCGAUUUCACAGUUAGAUUGUCUGCAAAGAGAUAACUACAUUCGGUCAAUUAAGCUGUUAAAAGAUGGUCGAACCUUGAUUGUUGGGGGAGAAGCGAGUACAUUAUCGAUUUGGGACCUGGCAGCUCCCACUCCUAGGAUAAAGGCGGAGCUAACAUCUAACGCUCCAGCGUGUUACGCACUGGCCAUCAGCCCAGAUUCAAAGGUGUGUUUCAGCUGCUGUAGUGAUGGAAACAUCGCCGUGUGGGACCUGCAUAAUCAAACCCUUGUCAGGCAAUUCCAAGGCCACACAGAUGGCGCUAGCUGCAUAGACAUCUCACCCGACGGCACCAAGCUAUGGACGGGUGGUUUGGAUAAUACUGUCCGCUCAUGGGACUUGAGAGAGGGGAAGCAACUCAAACAGCAUGACUUUACCUCCCAGAUAUUCUCCCUUGGCUACUGCCCUACAGGGGAUUGGUUAGCAGUUGGGAUGGAAAGUAGUAAUGUGGAGGUAUUACACCACACCAAACCUGACAAAUAUCAACUUCACCUUCACGAAAGCUGUGUGCUGUCACUCAAAUUUGCAUACUGUGGAAAGUGGUUUGUUAGCACAGGGAAAGACAACUUGUUAAAUGCCUGGAGGACUCCAUACGGAGCAAGUAUCUUCCAGUCAAAAGAGUCUUCCUCAGUUUUAAGCUGUGACAUCUCAGUAGAUGACAAAUACAUCGUGACUGGGUCAGGGGACAAAAAAGCAACACUGUACGAAGUUAUCUUCUGAGGACACUCAAGAACCGACUCCUGCUGGAUGUCUGACGCUGUAAAGUGAGGCGCUAAGUGCUGAAGUGACUUCUAUUCCACUGUUGAUGUGUUCGUGUAGAGGCUUGGUCUGUGGAACUCUUUACUUUAGAGACGGAGACGGGAACUCUUUCUGCGUGGCAGAGUGUUUGUGUUGUGGGAGUCUGUACUGUGACAGAUGUGUUAACAGAUCUAAUGUCUCGUCAUUUGCCUCACUGGUUGGUCAUCCGUGCGAUCGUUAUUGCUCCGUACAAUGUACAGGCAUACAUAAAUGUGAAAUAUAU